GGCGUCUUUUUGCCCUUCCGCUGCCUGUCGCUCGCUGUGCUUUAGCAUUUCCCCCUGCAUUCGGUCCCUGGGAAUCGACGUGACCUGACGUGACUUGCACGUCUCCCGCUCUUUUGAAGUCGACGGGGGGCAUGUGAAAGGAAGCUCCACCACGACGCAAUGGGAUUCGAAUAUGCGCUUGUGCAUAUUAAAUAUACUAUCCCGCCGGCUAUACUGCUUACUUUACUAUACCGCCCGCUGUUUACCAAGCUCGACGCAUACAAGGUCUGCUUUCUGAUAACUAUUGCUGUUGUUUCUACAAUACCGUGGGACUCGUACUUGAUCCGCAAUCGCAUUUGGAGCUAUCCAAGCCAUGUCAUUAUUGGCCCGAAGCUAUACGACAUCCCGCUUGAGGAAGUUUUCUUCUUCGUUAUCCAGACAUACAACACCUCGCUCAUUUACCUGUUCCUGAGCAAGCCCACCUUUCAACCGGCAUAUCUCCGUGUCGAGCGGCCGAAGUCGCAUCCUCUAGGACUAGCUAACACGCAAUGGCGGUCUUACAGACUUCUUGGGCAAAUCACAUUCAUUAGUUUGAUUGGUUGGGGAUGGCGUAUUGUAAAGGAUGGUGGCAUGGGGACAUACACGGGCUUGAUACUUAUCUGGGCCUGUCCAUUUCUACUAUUCCUAUGGAGCUUAGCCUACCAGUUCGUCCUCGGCCUCCCGGUAUCCAACACCGUGAUACCCAUAGCACUCCCUACUUUGUACCUCUGGAUCGUCGAUACUUUGGCAUUAAAGCGAGGAACAUGGGUAAUCAACGCUGGCACGAAGUAUGGUCUUCAUAUGUGGGACGGGUUGGACAUUGAAGAAGCGCUCUUCUUCCUCGUCACGAACGCGCUCAUCGUGUUUGGGCUACUAGCGUUUGACAACUCGCUCGCAAUCCUCGUCACCUUUCCGACCCUGUUCCCGAACCCGCCUGUUCUUCCUUCGCCGCUCAUGCUCGUCCGAGCACUGCUCACUUCGAUCUCAAAAUACGACGAAGCGCGUUUGAUUGGCCUGCGAGAAGCUGCGAUGCGGCUACAGAGAAAGAGCCGCAGCUUUUACCUUGCGUCUUCCACCUUCGAAGGCCGAAUUCGCGCCGACUUGCUGCUCUUGUACUCGUUUUGUCGGGUUGCGGACGAUCUUGUUGACAACGCUUCUUCGGCCGAACAAGCAAGUGAAGGGAUCGCGAAGCUCGACACUUUCUUAAAGCUGGCUUACGAGAAGGAGAAGUCUGGAUCUCUGAUCACCGAAUACGUUAUGAAAAACUUCCCUCCCGACACGAGGUCUGCACUCUUGGAACUUCCCUUCGCCAAACUAUCCAGAGAACCUUUGCAAGAUCUGCUGCGCGGAUUCGGGAUGGACCUAGCUCUCAACGAUGCGUCACCUAUCAAGACAGAAAACGACUUGCACGUUUAUGCCGAAAGAGUCGCUGGUACCGUUGCCCAAAUGUGCAACCAGUUGAUCUUUCACGUCUAUCACACCGAUAAAUCUACUGAAAAGCAGAGUUGCAUCAUUGAGGCCGGGAGACGCAUGGGCGUAGCGCUCCAAUAUGUUAACAUCGCCCGCGACAUUUCCGUGGAUGCGGAGAUCGGGCGCGUCUACCUGCCCCUAUCAUGGCUGGCCGAGGCUGGUCUCACGUAUGAGUCCGUUCUGAAAAAUCCGCAGGGCCCGCGCAUAGAGAGGUUGCGCUCAAGGCUAUUGGACAAGGCGUUUUCGCUGUACAACGGCGCGCGAGAUGCGAUCGAGGAACUUCCAGUAGAAGCCCGUGGCCCGAUCAGAGUUGCUGUUGAGAGCUACAUGGAGAUCGGGAGAGUGCUGAGGCAGGAGGGGUACGUCGUGAAAGCGGGGAGGGCAACAGUGUCGAAGUGGAGGCGGUUGAUCGUCGCCUGGCGAACGUUGGGCAGGUGAUCAUUGAGGCAUCGAUACCCUUACUUGGAGCGAGUGCAUCUGCGCACCUACUGCAUAAUAUGAUAAUACUGCAUGCUCAAG